AUGCUGAAGGUUUCCUUUAAGAUCACGCUGAUGUCAGACCCGCGGCUGCCUUACAAAGUACUUAGUGUUCCUGAAAGUACACCUCUCACAGCAGUCUUAAAGUUUCCAGCAGAAGAAUUUAAAGUUCCUACAGCAACAAGUGCAAUUAUUACCAAUGAUGGAAUAGGAAUAAAUCCUGCACAGACUAUUGGAAAUGUUUUCCUAAGGCAUGGUUCAGAACUUCAAAUUAUUCCUAGAGAUUGUGUUGGAAGUUGUUAAUAUCUGCUGCUUGGAACAUAGGAUGACCUUUCCAAAUAUUGGUAUUGUUGUAAAACUGAAAUCAGGCAUUUAAAACUAUGAAAACACCAGUAGCUGAUGAAAUAAUGAAGGGUGGCUCUGUCCCUUCUUGUUAUUCACACUCUUCCUGUGAAGAAGGAAUGUUUAUGCACAAAGGGUA